AGUUGUUCGUCUAGCCGUUAAAAAAAAAAAAAAAAAAAAAAAAAAACACACCCCUUCGCCUCAUAUAUCAAAUCGUGCAAACCAAACCCUAAUUUCAUAAAUCCUCUGUAUAUUUCUAGUUUCCAUUAACAUCCUCCUCCUUACCACUUGGCCCUCGACGUUGACGAAUUUCGCCCCUACGAUUCAACUGCCGGCGAUCCUCAUGGUACGUUUACAGCUCGACCCGUUCCUCAAUGAACUAACUACUAUGUUUGAGCACACAACAGAAAAGGGAUCUGUGUGGGUUACACUGAAACACUCCUCUGACAAGUCUAAGGUGCAAAGGAAUAAGAUAACAAGUGCUGGUAAAGAACUUGAGUUCAAAUGUCUUGUUAGGGCAACUGAUGGAAAGAAGAACAUUUCCACAUUGGUCGGAACAAAGGACCAUCAACGGUUUCAAGCAUCAUAUGCUACCAUUUUGAAGGCGCGCAUGACAUCUUUGAAGAAGAGAGAGAAGAAAGACAAAAGAAAGGCUGUGGAUGUUGUUGAUAAGAAAGCCUCAAAGGCAGCUAAGCCUAUGGAUGUCGAUAAGAAGCAACAAUCGUCAGUCAAGCGUGUUUAACUUCAACUGUCGACCCGUAGUCUUAUCAUAUACUUUAUCAUAUUUGCAUGCUUUCUUUUGUUAAAAACGGUUUUGCCCCUCACCCUGGAUCCUUUUGAAGAAUCGAUAGAUACAAGUCGUUAAUACCCUUGGGUGGAUAAUCAACUUCUUUUACCAAUGAAUUUUUGUUUUGCUUUGCUUUUACUGGACAUGUAUUAUCGAUGCAGAGUUACAUGAUCCUGAUCUAUGCAUUAGUUUGGUUUUCUC